AUGUCAGGUUCCAAGGCUGCCCUCAAGGCCAUUGGCGAUUCUGUAAAGCAACAAAAAUGGGACGAUGCCAUUCAGAAGGCAACAGAAUUUCUUGAGAAAGAGCCCAAGAAUUAUCAAGCAACAAUUUUCCUGGCCUUUGCACUUGACAAGAAAAACCGUGUCGAUGAAUCCGAAAAGGCAUACAAGUCAGCUUCAUUGCUGCGGCCAAAGGACAGCCAAGCAUGGCAGGGCCUCAUCAAGCUCUAUGAGAAGCAGGAUCGCAAGCGCCUGAGCGCAUAUCAACAAGCUGCCAUCAGCCUAGCCGAGAUCUACCGGGAUGCUGAAGACAUGUACAAGUGCCAGGAUGUUAUCGACAAGUUCAUUGACUUUGCGAGAUCCCAAGGGGAUCCCCCACAAUAUGUCGAAGCUCUUGGCGUCAUCCUUCCUGGGAGUCCGAUAUAUCCCGCUCUCGAGGGCCGCGUCCCGCAUCCGGCCAAGACCUACGAAACAAUGGCGCAAAUCACUGAGGCUUACGAGAAGAAGAGAAUAAACACUCUCAUAGGCGAGCGUCGGACAAGAAUCGGCGCACGGCUGAACGAGGUUACCCUCGAGGUCAAGCGUGAAGUCAUGGCCCAGAGCAAGCUUGAAUUCGUUUACCAGCAGCUGAUAAACUGGACGAAUGAUGACGAACUUCGGCGCAAGUACGAGGAGAAGCUCCUCCAGUACUGCUACGACCGUCUGCUGGUAGCACCCCCCGGCCCGGAGAAAGGCGCGGCCCUUCAAGCCGUGUUGAAAUUGGCCCUCGACAUGGUCAUCAUCAAGCAUCCCUUCAGACUGGCCUGGGAGAUUGCCAUCGAUUGGAAGGAUGCAAAGGAUAUCAAGGAUUGGGAUGUGAACAUGUUGAGAGACUACUGCACAUUCUUCCCCGAGACCGAUCUCUAUAAAGUCAUCACUGGCUUCCUGACGAGCAGCAUCUCACCCUUCCCCAAGCCGACGUCAGCGGCACUGGAAGCAGAAGACACCGAAGAGGAGAGCGAGGACGAUGAGGGGGGUGGCGUAUCCAUGGUACCGCUGACGGAACAGGAUAGAAUCCUGAUGAUGACCGAGGGUAUCACCACGUCCAACUCAAUCUUCGCCCACCGCUUGAUGGGAGAGUACUACCAGCAUCUGGAGGAGUACGAGGUCACCGUUGAGUUAAUGCGCAAAUCGAUGGAUAUGCUCAAGACGGAAAGGAUCAAGACUGGCAUGACCUUUCAUAACACACACGACGCUUACUCCUUGUACCUUGCCACGGCCCUGGUAUUCUUCCAGUCCCCUCGCCACCACACCGAGGCGAAAUCGCUUUUCGAGGGAGUCCUCAGCCACGACCCGUCAUCUACUGCGGCACUGAUUGGUGUUGGGCUUAUUUAUGAAGAGGAAGAAGAUUAUGACGAUGCCAUUGACUUCUUUGAGCGAGCCCUGAAACGAGAUCCAUCCAACCUCCGGGUGAGGACAGAAGCUGCGUGGGUCCAGGCUCUGAAGGAGGAUUACGAAACGGCCAAGACGCAAUUAGAGGACUCUUUGCCCCUCAUCGAGAAGAUGUCACCGCCUGCCAAAGAGCUUCUUGCGCAGACACAGUACCGGCUAGGGUCCUGCAUCUGGAACCUCGAUACAUCAAAAGCAGCCCGCAAGAGCCGCACAGGUGCCUACGCGUAUUUCUUGGAUGCGCUGAAAAACAACCUCAGCUUCGCGCCAGCCUACACCAGCCUGGGCAUCUACUAUGCAGACUAUGCCAAAGAUAAGAAGAGAGCACGACGAUGCUUUCAGAAGGCUGUCGAACUCUCAUCCUCUGAGGUUGAAGCCGCCAAACGCCUUGCGGAAUCCUUCGCGGACGAAGGCGACUGGGACCGGGUGGAGCUUGUGGCCCAACGUGUGGUUGAUUCGGGCAAAGUCAGGCCGCCUCCGGGCUCGAAGAGAAAGGGCAUCAGCUGGCCAUUCUCUGCGCUUGGCGUCGCGGAGUUGAAUAAGCAGGAUUUCCACAAGUCUAUUGUCUCUUUUCAAUCGGCUUUGAGAAUCCAUCCAGAGGAUUACCACUCCUGGGUCGGCUUGGGCGAGAGCUACUACUCCUCGGGUCGGUACAUUGCGGCGACGAAGGCCAUUCUUAACGCGCAAAAGCUCGAGGAGACGAUACCUGCAGAGACACUCGGUGACACAUGGUUCACCAAGUACAUGCUUGCUAAUGUCAAGCGUGAGCUGGCUGAGUUUGACGAAGCCAUCGCGCUCUACCAAGAUGUCAUCGAUGGUCGCCCCGACGAGGAUGGAGUUGCGAUUGCUUUGAUGCAGACCUUGGUCGACAAUGCGUUGGAUUGUGUCGAAAAGGGUCUUUUCGGCAAGGCGGUGCAUCUCGCCAUUGAUACCAUCGAGUUUGCCUCAAAGGCAACCACCAGUGUCAUCGAAACCUUCAACUUCUGGAAGUCGCUGGCCGACGCUUGCUGCGUCUUCUCCGCCGUUCAGAACCGAGCAAUCGACUUCCCGGCAGAGCCAAUCAUGACGCUCAUUGACGGCGGCGACAAGGAGGCUUACACUCUCUUUGCGGAUAUCGACAAGGUCGGCACUGGUGUCAUUGCCGCAAAGGGCCUGUUCUCUGAAGACGAGAGGCUCGGUGUUGACUUGACAAGAUGUAUCCAUGCAACAAUCCUGUGUCACAAGCGUGCCAUUCAUGUAUCAGCCAACGACAUCCAUGCUCAGGCAGUUGCCUACUACAACUUGGGAUGGGCAGAGCACCGGGCCCAUAUCUGCUUGCCUUCGAGCAUCAGGAAGAAGUCCAGCGUGUACUUGAAAACUGCCAUGAAGUGUUUCAAGAGAGCCAUCGAGCUUGAAGCCGGAAAUGCCGACUUUUGGAACUCUCUGGGUGUUGUGACGAGCGAAGUUAGCCCUGCUGUGUCACAGCACUCAUUCGCUCGAAGCCUCUACCUGAACGAGAGAAACCCAGCAGCCUGGACCAACCUUGGAACCUUGGCUCUCCUGCAAAAUGACAUGCAACUUGCUAAUGAGGCGUUCAAUCGGGCGCAGUCAACGGAUCCCGACUAUGCGCAUGCCUGGCUUGGUCAAGGCUUCGUGGCUCUCCUCUACGGUAAGACGAAGGAAGCAAGAGGCUUGUUCACACACGCCAUGGAGAUCGCCGAGGCUUCUUCCGUCCUCACCAGACGCCAGUACUCGGUUGCUGUAUUCGACCAUAUUCUAACGACAACAUCCACCAAUAUGGCGUCCCUCAUCCAGCCGAUCUUUGCGCUUGGUCAGCUUAACAACCUGAAGCCCCAAGACUUGGCAUACGGACAUCUGGCGGCGCAGUUUCUCGAGCGAACGCAUGAUACCGCAAAGGCAGUACAAAUCCUGGAGAAGAUCUGUCGCAUCUUGGAAGCCGACUACGAGGUCACGGAAUCACCGCAGGCACUGGCCCAGUUCGCGCUGGCCAAGACCGAUAUGGCAAGAUCGUACUUGACGUCCGGUGCUUACGAGCAGGCCAUUGAUUGCGGCAAGAUGGCGAUACAGCUGAGCAACGACGAGUCCGACAACGAGUUGACCAGGGAGCAGCGCAAGAAGGCCCGUCUCUCUGCCCACAUUACGGUCGGUUUGGCGCAUUACUACAGCGAAGACGUCGACGAGGCGCUUCUCUACUUUGAGUCGGCGCUCGAGGAAUCAGACAACAACCCCGACGCCGUCUGCCUCCUCGCGCAGGUCCUGUGGGCGACGGGCGCAGACGAAUCCCGCGAGAAGGCUCGCGGCGCUCUCUUCGAGGUGAUCGAGAAGCAGCCCGACCACGUCCAGUCCGUCCUACUGCUCGGGGUCAUUGCCGUUCUCGACAACGAUGAGGAGUCUGUGGAGGCGGUUGUGGCCGAACUUCAAGGUCUCCGAACCAGCCACAAGGUUGGGGAUGUGGAACAGGCACACAUUGGAGAGGUGCUGGGAGCCAUCGCUAGGCUCGGGGAGACGAGCACGGAUGAGGAUGUCAUGACCCAGAUCCAGACAGACAUCAUGUUGUACCCUCACCUGCCUCACGGCUGGUCUAACCUAGCCGAGUUCGGUGGAGAGCAGCAUGCUGCCGAGAUGGCAUUGACUGUGGCGAAGAAGGGAGCGCCACCUAGAGGAACCCUCGAGGCCGAGGAUCUGGCCAAGGCAUAUGCGGGUACAGGAUCUGCCGCGGAUGCCCAGACGGCCAUUUUUUUGUCCCCCUGGAUGGCUGACGGAUGGAACUCCUUGCGGGAAGCUGUCUGUGGCAACUAA